AGGCAGGCGCGAGCGGGGCGGGUGAGGGGAGCGGGGCCCUGGCGGCGGGGGACGCUCCCGGCCUGGGCCCUGGGGCCGCGCUUGGGGGCGGCUGCGGACGCUGAGCCCCGCAGAGGCUGCGCGCCGGGUGCCCGCCACCCCCCCGGGGCUGAGGAGCCGCCCGCAGCGAUGGCGCAGAAGAGGCGCAGUAAUGGGCCCGGCCCCGCCCAGGGGGAAGACGUGGCCGCGGACGAGGACUCUGCGCCGACCCCGGGCGCCAGCCAGGUGCAGCGGAGCUUGGAGAGACUCUCGCCGGCUCAAGUGGAUCAGAAGGUGAGCGAAUUGGUGCAAUACCUGCUGGUCAAGGAUCAGAAGAAAAUCCCCAUCAAACGGGCAGAUAUCCUGAAGAAUGUCAUCAAAGACUACAAAAGCGUCUAUUCUGAGAUCAUUAAGCGAGCCGGCAGGAACCUCCAGCAGGUUUUUGGGAUGCAGCUGGUGGAGAUAGAUGCCAAGAAUCACAUCUACAUCCUGGUCAGCAACCUGCCACGCCUGGAAGGGGAGAACCUGAAACAGGAUGAUUGCACAGCAAAGCUGGGCCUCCUCACUGUCAUCCUCAGCUUCCUCUUCAUGAAGGGCAAUGCUGCUAAAGAAUCUGCUGUGUGGGAGAUGUUGAGGAGACUGCGAGUUGACCCUGGAGUGAGACACGAGGUUUUUGGGGAUGUCAAGAAGUUGGUGACUGAGGAAUUUGUCCGCCAAAAGUACCUGGAAUACAACCGCAUACCCCACACAGAUCCACCCGAGUUUGAGUUCCAGUGGGGGGCACGGGCUGCCAAGGAGACCUCCAAGAUGCAGAUCCUGCACUUUGUCGCCAAGAUCCAGAGCAAGGACCCCAAGGCCUGGAGCACCCAGUACAAUGAGGCGGCUGCUGAGGAGGCAGCUGGGGGGAGCCUGUCCCAAGAUACUAGCACCCCUGGAGAUACUGGUGGGGCCAGCCAGGGGGCACGGAGGAGGAACCGGUGAACCUUAUCCACUUCAUCCACAGGUGGUCUGCCCCAUGGUGCCUUGUGAACCAGCAGACCCCGGGAGCAGGGGAGCUGUGGCCUCUGCCCAUGCUGAGCCUAGCAUUAAGCACCCAAGGGUCCACUGUGGCAGUUGCCUCUGCCCUCCUGAUCUCAGGCCACCUGCCUCAUUUAGGCAUGGCCCAUGGACAAAUGGGUUGUACAAUGCAGUUCGUUUGUUGUAUAUUGAUUAGCUCAGCUGCAGAGACUCCUCCUCACCUUUCUGGAGAGGGGCAUGGGCAGCUGGUGGAAACCCCUCUCUUCUGAGUUGCCAUGGAGUGGGUUUCCUCCACACGCAGGGGCUGGGUCAGAGCUGGGCACUGACAUGACCUCUGACCUUUGUGAUCCACCCAUGAUGCUUUCAAAUAAAGUCCCUGUAGGGCAGUAUGCAAUUCUCUGCAGUGGGAUUUUAACUACAGGGGAUGAGUUUCUGGAGGCCAAAAGCACACUGAACUCUUGCCUGCUGCCCAUGUGAAAGGGUGCUUGUUUGUGGGAGGGGGCCUAGAUGAGUGUCCCUAAGAAGAAGCUCUAGGCACACCUCCAGCAGCUUUUUGUGAGAGGGUUGGAGUACAGCAAGCAGUGUGCUCUUUAGCAGCCUCCCUAAGCAGUGCUGGUUCUGGUGGCAGGUGAUGGUCCUGGGUAUAUUACCUGACAGCCAGGGCUGUGUCUGCAGCUGCUGCAUUCCUCCCUGCCUGCAGCUCCCCCAGUGACAAUCAUGUAGCCUUGCUGCGCAGUUACACUUGGGACAGCUCUCCCUGUGUCACUGAGUGAUCGGCUCAGGCAGCGUUGUGUAUGCUCAGGACGAAUCGCCCCCUUGCCAAGUGAUCAGCUCAGGCUUUCUGCAGACCUAGGCAGCAUCACUCAUGCUCAGGGCAGCUCCCCCCCGUCACUGAGUGAUUGGCUCAGGCUUGCUGCAGGCUAGAAACUGAAAGGCAAACUCAUGCAGCAAUCAGACUUCAGGAGCCAGGGCUUGAGGCCCCAGUCUAGCUCCACAAUCCCUGUGAGGAGAACAGCGCUGACCCUGCAGCCACAGCGAAGGAGAGAGCCUGCUUUAAAGGGCACAGGUGGGCACCACACACAUACUACUUAGGGCUCCCGUGUCACAUUGACAUUCUGCAACGAGACCCAAGAGGCACAGGGUUACACCCACCUCGUUGGUCAGAGCUGUGCCCAGUCCCAUGGCUUUGAGGAGGGUGUCACUUUUGUGCCUCAGUUUCCUCUCCCCACCUAGCAGACCAUGUUUUCUAGGGUAGGGACUGUCUUUCAUUAGGGCUGUGUGACACCAAGCAUGCCAGGAGUCCUAGUUUCAGGCAUGGGGUGUCUGAUGGCCCUUGAUCUCAGGUGGGGUGUCAGGUGCACCCCCAGUUUAUAAUCUAGGGUUCCAAGGGAUGUUAAUGGGGUGCAACACAAAGUUUUUGGCAGUGCAGUGGGAGGGAGUGCAGUGAGGAUGUUCAACUGCUGGCAGGAAGGAGCAUAGCCUGGAUAAGCGGGGGUUGGGGGGGAAAUGUCUUUACCUGCACCCCAAGCUGUGAGGAAGAUGCCAGGCAAAGAUCUAAGUGGGGCCGUUUGGUGGACUCCUGUAUACCCAGAGGGUAGGUCUGGUAGCAAGAUCGUUUGAAAGACAAAGAACCGUCAUUGAACUGGGAGGUUUGGUCCUAACUGGAUGGACUGAUGAAAGUUUGGGAGUGAGAGAUACCUUUGUCUUUCAAAUCCUAUUUAGCUGGUAACACUUUUGUAACCAGUUUGCUUAUUACUUGUCACUUAACAGCUAUUGUUCUCUGGUUAAUAAACUUGUUUUAAUGGUUUCAUUAAA